CCAAGAUGUCCGUCACGUGUGGUUUUUAUGAUGCAACCACAACGCAAUAGAGCUGUAUUCCUACGCCCUUAGCUUACAAUUAGAGUAUCUUACUUAGCAAUAACAUGCACUAGAGUCUUAUUAUCAGUUGAAAUAAGAAGUUUAGUCUAAGUUUUUAAAUUCAUUGGGAUAAAUCGACGUUUUUUAUUUUGUUAAACAUCCACAUCAAACACUUGAUAGUAGAAACUUAAGCUUACCUGUCCUAAAGACGACAAUCAUGAAAUAUCGAGUAUUUAGACUUCAAGAAAACGAGAGUGAGAAUCACAUGUCAAAAUUGAUAGAAGAGGCUGUCAAGUCACUGAAGCUAGGACAUGUCAUAGCAAUACCCACAGAUACCAUAUAUGGCAUUGCCGCACUUGCACAGUCCACAACUGCUGUCGAGCAGUUAUAUGAAAUCAAGGAAAGACACCAAGAAAAGCCCAUUGCUAUUUGUGUUAGUGAUGUUGAAGAUGUCAAAAAGUGGGGUAAGGUUACUGUCUGUGACGAGAUUUUACAUGACCUCUUGCCAGGACCUGUUACACUGGUCUUUGAAAGGACAAAGGAACUCAAUCCAGGUUUAAAUUCAGGAACAAAGCUCGUAGGAAUAAGAAUCCCAAAUCAUAAGUUUGUUCAGCAACUUGCUAAAGCUUGUAAGGAGCCGAUUGCUUUGACAAGCGCCAAUAAGAGUGCUGGAAUGAGUAGCUUGAAAAUCGAGGAGUUCAAGACUCUUUGGCCUAAGCUGAACUUGAUUGUAGAUGGGGGAUUGCUUGGCCAAUCACAAGCUUGUCGACAAGGAUCUACUGUAAUUAACCUUUCUGUACCUGAAGAGUUCUCCAUCAUCAGAGACGGAAGUGCCUAUCAACAUACCUUGAGUAUACUGGAAGUCAAAUAUGGACUCAUCAAUGCUGAUGAUAGAUAGCAAUAGCGAUGAAACAUAAAUCUUUGUCAGCRAAACAUCAGAAACAACUGCAGUAUAUAGUUGUAGGCCUUUCCUGAGAUAGUGUACAUGAUGCAUCCUGCCCUAGCUUCAGUACAAACCCAGGGGGUACCCCGCUAGGAUUUGGGUAGGGGUGUUCCGCUGGGAUUCUGAAAGGGGUACCCUGUUUAUGACAAAAAUACUCAAAUUUGUAGACUCUGUUUAUGACAAAAGGUAUAAUUAAUUGCACUGAGUUCCUGUU